UUUCCCACCCUGAACUGCCAGAUUGGCCUUCAGACUCGCAUGGUCUUGUGCCUUUUUUUCUUACACGCAUUUUGUUCGUGCCUUUUUUUUAUUACAUGAAUUUGUUUGUGCGCGGAGAGGUUAAAAAAACCUUUUUUUUGCUCCCUAUACCACUGUCCCAAAAGCCGAAAACCGACAAAGCCCAAAACAGAAAGCCACCUCCUACAUAAAGGCAGCUGAGGGAGGCCGUGGAGGUCAUUCUGAGGGCGACGAGACCGAAGUAGGCGAGAGGCUGCGGCGGAAGUGAGGGAAGCCCGGAUCUCUAGCUCUAUUCAUCUCAAAAGAUGAGUUCUCUGGGCUCCUUUCUUCCGUUUUCUGUGCAUUUGCUUUGAUUUCUGGGUUUUUGGUGUUUUUUUCAGUAUAAAGCUUUUUUUUUUAUUGAUCUCUGGGAAGGAUUUGGUACUUGGGAGGAUUUUUUGGGUUCAUAGGAGGAGAAGAUUGAGGUGGGGAACAUCAAAGGUGGGAGCUUGGGCAUAAAUGUGAUUGUUGGGGUGAUAGUUUGAUCCCUCUUCUGCGUGGGCUUUUGGUGGUGGUUUUUGUGAUCUUGCAAGGAGGCUUUUUUUUCGUUUCAAGUUUCGUUUUUUUUUUCUCUUUUUGGGAUCUAGAGUUCUAUUUUUAAGGUUGUUUUAUGCUCUGUGGAAACGGAUGUGUUAGGAUUCAAGGCUUUUGAGAUCGUGAUUUUCCCUUGCCGGGCAAAGGUAGCGUGAAGGGCAGAAGUUUUCGGAUUCCUCUCGCUGUUUGUCGUGUCUUUUUUGAACAUUUUGGAUUUCUUUGGGGAAAUUGGGUUUGGAUUGGGUGUUUUUACGCGUUUUUGGGCAGAAAGUUUUUUUUUUUUUUGUUCUUGUGAUUUUCAAGUAGAAGGUUGCUGCUGAAUCCACAAAUUGGAAAUUUCGUGGAAAUUUCGGGUUUGUGGUCGGGCCUCCAUUUAGGCAUUUUUGUGUUCUCCCGUCCCCUCUUAGUUAGAGAGUGAUUUGCGGAUAUAUUGGAGGAUCCCUACUAGAGAUUUCAGGGUCUAUUUAACAACAUCUGCAGCUUAUCAAAGUGUGAAAAGCUUUAGUCAGCACAAGUGGGAAAAUGGUGGAACAAAGCCUGAAGGAAGAAGAAGGAUGUGAGGAGGAGUUGACAGUGAGAAUGUUAUUUGGAGAAGAAAUUGAGGGUUUUGGCGAGGAUGGAUUUGAAGGCUCGAAGGAAGAACAUGAGAUAUUUAUGGAGGUUUUCUAUGGAAGCAGUGCUCAUGAUGCAAGUAAUAAUAACAAUAAUGUAUCAAGGAGGACAAAUUUCCAGUUGCAUGAGUGCGGCCAUUCAAAACGACUGGGAAAUUUGAGUUGUAAUAGCUCAGCUGUGACUAGCUACUCCUCCCUGAAAGGUUCAUCAAGUGAACAGUUUGAACAUGCAAAGAUGAAUCCUGGAGGAUUAAGUGGAUCUGAAUGCUUUCCUGAAAGCUCUUCUUCUUGGGCUGGAGCAGAUACUCACAAUCUGAAUGUGAAGAGGAUGGGGCUAUCAUCUGUUGAGCUAUUAAAUAAUGUGAAUAAGGAACUUAACAGUAAUGUGGCUGAUGCUGAUUUUAGCUUGGUGAACUUGGACCCAUCAAAAGUUGCUUCGAGUUUGUCCAUUCAAGAUCCUCUCCAUGUUCAUCAACAAGCACCAUGCCGCAUAGUUGAAACAUGCGGUCGGGGCAUGUUAUCUAGCUACUAUGUUUUUAGUGCACAGGAAGAAAUGGAUGUAAUUGGUGAUAUUGAUGAUGCUAUUACCUUUAAUGAUAAAUGCAGAAGCCAAGACAAGAGAGAUGGCAGGACAGUUAUUAAAGCUAAAUCUGUUACCUCUCCUGUUUCUCAAGAGAGUUUUGCUCCUGGGCUUUUGGUAGCAAGUGCACCUGCAGCUUCUGUGGAGAUGCCUGGAUCACUAAUACACAUGAAUCAUGGUGCCCAAGAAUCUAGUUUUCUGAAUUCAGACAGAAUUGAUGCUGCAUCAAAGAGGUCUCCUAUUAGGGAUCUUCCUGAUCUCCUACGUGCACAUGCAAAUCGCAUGCUUAUAGAUGCAGGAUGGAGGAUUGAGCCUCGCAAAAGGAGUGACAGGACCAAAAUGGCUUCCUAUUUCAUAUCACCUGUAGGAGGAAGUUCUAUCACUUCACUCUCUCAAGCUUGGAAGACAUGUGGGGAGAUAUUAUCUGCUGGUGCAUCAGACUCAGAACAGGAUGAUUAUGGAAGGGAAUGGGAGAAUGUUGAUAGGUUUUGGGGUGAUUUGACAGAUGUAUUGAUGUUCAUAGAAAAAAAGACUCAGCCUUCGGAUGACUCUCUACCACUUCUUCGGAGGUGGCAGCUUCUUGAUCCUUUCAUGGCUGUGGUGCAUAUAAACAAAAAAAUUGGUGUCCUAAGAGAGGGAAGGGCACUGAGAGCUGUUAAUAGUGGGACAUUUCUUGUGAAUGAAAGACAGAAUCCCUUGUUGUUGGGUACUGUUGUGGAAAAAGAACUGGAGCAGGCAUCUGCAGCAAGGCCAACAAAUGGUUCCGCUAAGAAGUCAGGCAAGAGGUCCAAAAAGAUAUCAGAAAUUGAAUCUACUGAUAUAAACCCCCAGGAAGACUCCAACAUAUUGAGAGAGAAGCUGACUUCAGGAUGCAUGAAGCAGAUAGAAAACAAUGAAAAAAUGCACUCAUCUGAAGUACCCAAAAUUCUUCUGACAAAAAAGGCACAAAAGAAGCAUGUCAAACCAGAAACUAAAGCAGCCAGGCAGUGUGGCAAGGACAAGAAGGGCAAUAUAACUAUGCAAAAAGUAUCCAUGCCGAAGAAACCCGAAGCUUGUAAGAAAAGUGGACAAAAGCGCCCACGUGGAUUUUUUAUUAAUGACGAUGAUCUGUUAGUUACUGGGUUUGUCAAAAACAAAGAUUUUAGCUCCUGCGAUAAAAAAAUUGCUUCAAAAGUGGGGGCUUCUGAGUCAAAUGCAUUAAGAAAGCUUAAAAGUCAAAAGAGAGGUUGUAGGUUGCUCCUGCGAACUCCUGGAAAAGGUGGGAAGCACUCCAUGGAUGGGAGGCGGUUAAUCCUGGGAGCAAGAACAGUGCUGUGCUGGUUGAUUCAGACGGGUAUUGUAUCAUUGAAAGAUGUUCUGCAGUACAGGGACCUGAAGAACGAAGAUGUGGUAAAGGAUGGGUGGAUUACUAGAGAAGGAAUUCUUUGUAAAUGCUGCUCCAAGAUCCUCUCAGUGACCGACUUUAAGGUUCAUGCUGGUUCCAAGCUGCGAAAACCAUCUUCAAAUCUUGUUCUAGAAUCUGGUAAAUCAUAUACACUCUGUCUGCUUGAGGCAUGGACUGCUGAAUGCAACGUGAGGAAAAAUCAUAUGCAAAUCAUGGAAGUUGAGGAGGUGGAUGAAAAUGAUGAUACCUGUGGGUUUUGUGGUGAUGGUGGUGACUUAAUAUGCUGUGAUAACUGUCCAUCUACCUAUCAUCGAGAAUGCUUGCCUGCACAGGAAAUUCCAGAAGGCAGUUGGUAUUGCCACAAUUGCCUUUGUAAGACCUGCGGGGAUGUGGUUAAGGGAAACGAAGCUUCAAGUUCCCUUGUUGUGUUACAAUGUUCACAAUGUGAAAAUAAAUAUCAUGAUUGUUGCCUGAAGGAAAAAACCGUAUGCAAUGGUGAAAUGGGAUCAAGUAAAUGGUUUUGUGGGAGAAAUUGUCAAGAGGUUUACUCAGGCCUCCGCUCUCGUGUUGGAAUUCUGAACUGUCUUGGUGAUGGGUUUUCAUGGAUUAUCCUUAGAUGUAAUCAUGAAAUUAAAUCCACACAGAAAAUACCACUAAUGGCUGAAUGCAACACAAAGCUAGCCAUUGCCUUGGGUAUCAUGGAGGAAUGCUUUCUCCCGAUGGUGGAUCCACGGACAGGGAUAGAUAUGCUACCACAUAUCGUGUACAAUAGGGGGUCCAGCUUCGCUCGCUUAAAUUAUCAAGGGUUUUACACUAUCGUCUUGGAGAAGGGUGAUGAAAUCAUAUCUGUGGCAUCCAUCAGGGUGCAUGGAGUCACAGUGGCGGAGAUGCCUCUGAUUGCAACUUGCAGUGAGCAUCGUCGCCAAGGAAUGUGUAGAAGGCUGAUGGAUGCUGUAGAAAAGAUGCUGAAAUCUUUCAGAGUGAAGACACUUGUAUUAUCAGCAAUUCCGGAUCUGGUCAACACAUGGAUGUCGGGUUUUGGAUUCAAACCUAUCAAUGAUUAUGAGAAAAAUUGGCUCGAUCAUAUGAACUUAAUGCUGCUUCCUGGAACGUCAUUAUUGAUAAAGAGCCUGGAUGAAACUCCAGUUGAAGCACCAGAAAAUGCAGGAGGGGAAAGUGAUUUGUAUCGUAGUGAAGAUCAGCCUCAGAAUCUAGGGGGUUCCAUUGAGAUGAAUGAUACUGAGGCUGGAGAACAGGAUGCUGAAAAUGCUAGAGUUGAACCAGAUGCAGUAUCUGUACUCACAAAAAGCAUAUGAUGCAGCAAGCAGAACAUCCUGUGAACCCUAUUUGCUGCUAGACCUCGUGAACAUGUAGUCUCAGCAAUAUUGAAUCAUUCAGCGCAAGGAUCAGAAAAAUCUAACAUGUAUGAGAUGGAUAAGUACUGUUCAAGAAAACAUGCUGUCGUCUUCACCAGAUGUCAGUUGCGCCCGUACCUACUGCUUUACAUUCUUGUUCUGGCUCUUUUUCUUCUCCAGAUACAGUUUAUGAGAUUCCUCCUAACUCUAGCUCUAGAGAACUGAGGGCUUCAUCAAGGAUGCAGAAUGGAACAUCACUGAUGAUCAAUAUAUAUUUUGAGGUUGGCGAAUAUAUAGUGAUGAAAGUGAACAGAAAUGCUUUGAUGUUUUGAGCUUCUUAACUGGACAGGUGGCAGAGCAACAUAUUUUGGUACUCAGUGGCUCAAGAACCUGCAGCACUUGAUUAAUUCAGGUUGAGAUUAGUCCAGUGUCAAGAACGUGCAAUUAGAAAAAGACUAAGGAAGCCAAUAUGACUUCCUGAAAAACAAGUUUUGCUUGAAAGGAUGACUGAAUAUGACUGAAUUUGACUCUACUGAAAUGGGAAACCUUCAGAGAAACUAUUUGUAAAUAUGUUUUGUUGAACUUGGAAAAUGGAAAAAUCAGUAGUCCUCUAUUUGUUCUCCUGAAGAGUGCAGCGAGCAUUGUGCUUUAACCAAUUUACAAAAUAGAACUUUCAGCUGCAGAGGCACCAGGAGACCAUAUAGUUGAUAUUGUUUGCCGUACUGAUACUGAAGGUCCAACUGUUUCAACUGACUCAAGUCAAUGGCUAUCCAACUUAAUCACCAGCCAGAGAGUUCUGCAAUUGACCAGUCAUAUAAGAAGGGAAGAAAAUAAUGAUUGUUAAAGGAGCAUCUUCAAAAUGAUUUUUUUUUCUUUGGUGAAUUAUUUUGAGAGAUCUAUUCUGAGGCAAUUGAUUGAGUUGUCCUUCAGGUGUAUGUCAAGUGGAUAGGCUAAUUAAUUUGUCUUCUGUGAGAGGACUCAGUAAAGACAGCAAAAAUCAAGCCAAAUUCAUUUUUUGCUCUUUAUUGUUCACAUCUGCUUAUUUUUCAGUUAGAUGGUUUGGAGUAAUUUCAUUCUUAAUUCUUCAAAGGCAACUAGGAAACAAUGGAUCACUGACUGAAAUAGUUCUGUGGGUUGCAAGUCUAAAUAUUUUCAAACUGUGCUUAUGAUUUCUAAAGCGGUGGAGAUGGUGAAUAUCAGUUUAAGGAUGGGGCUUUGCAACUGAAGAAAAAUAAUAUUUGUUUUUCAUCCUAAGACAAUCAGAUGCAGUCCAGAUUGUCCUGUAGGAUUUCAUCAAGUUAGGAAGCAACAUUGACAAAAGGACUUAGAAAUUCAAGACACUGUAAAUUUAGCGUUGAAAGUAAUCUGGGCUGGCUGGGAGUCUUCCUAGUUGGGGUAGACAAAUUUUGUGGUCAGACAUUCUUUGUUUUCCUUCAACUUUUGUAUUAAUUGGCUUAUUGGACACUUGGAUGGCUGUACCUA